AUGGUUGCAUAUCACUCCCACCAGCUAUCUUAUAUGCUUCCUCUACUGCUCAUCAGUUGUUUGUAUCUGACAUCGACUAAUCACGUUGCAAAUGGAGCUCGCAGUCUUGUAGAGAAAGAGCAAUUCCCAUGUAAUCCAACAAAAUCAACUUCACAUCCUCGGGAAAAAGAGAAAUUUAAAAUUCCAUAUACUCCCAUAAAACCAGAGCAUCCAAAGGAUACGUUUCAUAAACCGGAGCAUCCAAAGGAUUCAUUUUAUAAGCCAGAGCAUCCAAAAGAUAGCUUCUAUAAACCAGAGCACCCAAAGGAUAAGUUUCAUAAACCAGAGCAUCCAAAGGAUUCAUUUCAUAAGCCUGAUCAUCCAAAGGAUACGUUCUACAAGCCGAAAUUCCCAUCUCCACAACCUCAUAUUGAGAAACCGAAAAUUCCGUACACUCCAAAACCAGAACAUCCAAAUGAUGGCUAUUAUCAACCUGAAUUACCACCUCCACAACCUCAGGAACAACCGGAAUCGCCACCUUUGCCUACUGCUGAAAUGUCAAAGCUACCACCCUUCCCAAAGAUUGUAGUUCUUCCUGUACCGAAGCCUAUCGAGUUCCCACCACUGCCUAAAAUUGAAAUUCCUCGUCUACCGGAGUUGCCACCACUGCCUGAAGUUAAAAUUCCUCCUCUACCCAAGUUGCCACCAUGGCCUAAGAUUGAGUUACCUCCUCUGCCCGAGCUGCCACCAUUGCCUAAGAUUGAGUUUCCUCCUUUGCCAAAACCCAAGUUUCCAAAGCCUGAAAUGCCAACUUCGCCACCAAAACCCAAAUGUCCUCCUGAAUUGCCGAAACCUAAACUACCACCAUUUCCCAAGUUUGAAGAACCAAAAUGGUCUUCCCAUCCUGUGUAG